UACCCACUGCAGCACCAGUCUGCUCAAACCCAUCCGAUCAUCCCUCCAGGGCAGGAAUCUGGGAGUGGAUGUUUGCAAGCCCAACGGAAAAGUAUUGUUUUUCAGGACUGGAUCCUGUGCCAGAGGGAUGUAACCUGACCCGCUCAACAGUCGGGGAAUCCAGCCCACAAUGGACAUUAGAGCUGUAGCUGUCAAGCUUGGGGCCCUUGAUGCUCAAUGCUUUCCACUAUUUGGAGCCAUUCUCCACUAACAGGUGCACAGGAGCGAAGUGGGAGUCGAGGAUUUCUGCAGGUAUAUCCUGCAUCACCUAGUACACCCCAACAGAAAGGUCAAGCAAAUGCUCCUGAGUUAGUCUCCGUGAAGAUUCUGUGCAGUGUUUGGGAACAGGGACAAGUUGCUGAGGAUCCUGUCGUUGGGGUUAGGCAGGUGCCUCCCCUGCACCUUUAACUGAAUCUGUGGUUUACCUUGGAAUAUUUUGGUACCAAUAUGAAUGAAGUGUCAGUUGUGAAGGAGGGUUGGCUUCAUAAACGUGGUGAAUAUAUUAAAACAUGGAGGCCCAGGUAUUUCCUGUUGAAAUCAGAUGGUUCUUUUAUUGGCUACAAGGAGAAGCCCGAGAGCCCAGAUCAUGGUCUACCACCUCUAAACAACUUCUCUGUAGCAGAAUGCCAGCUAAUGAAGACUGAGAGGCCACGGCCCAACACAUUUAUUAUUCGGUGCUUGCAAUGGACGACAGUGAUCGAGAGGACUUUUCACGUUGAUACACCGGAUGAACGUGAGGAGUGGACGAGGGCCAUUCAGACCGUUGCCAACAGCUUAAAACACCAGGAACCAGGAGAUGAUGCUAUGGACGUCAAAUGUGGCUCGCCCAGCGACAGCUCGGGAAUGGAAGACAUGGAAGUGUCAAUGUUCAAGUCGAGGAAUAAAGUGACAAUGAAUGAUUUUGACUACUUAAAGUUGCUGGGGAAGGGCACCUUUGGCAAAGUUAUUCUGGUUAAAGAAAAGGCCACGGGGCGUUAUUAUGCCAUGAAGAUUCUACGGAAAGAAGUAAUUAUUGCUAAAGAUGAAGUCGCCCACACUGUUACAGAGAGCAGAGUCUUACAGAACACAAGACAUCCCUUUUUAACAACGCUCAAAUAUGCAUUUCAGACUAGCGACCGGUUAUGUUUUGUCAUGGAGUAUGCAAACGGUGGAGAGCUCUUCUUCCAUCUCUCGCGAGAGCGUGUCUUCACUGAGGAUCGUGCUCGGUUUUACGGAGCUGAGAUUGUGUCUGCUCUGGAUUAUCUCCACGACAAGAACGUAGUCUACAGAGAUCUGAAGCUGGAAAACCUAAUGUUGGAUAAAGAUGGCCACAUCAAAAUUACAGACUUUGGCCUCUGUAAGGAGGGGAUCACGGACGGUGCGACCAUGAAGACCUUCUGUGGGACCCCAGAGUACCUGGCUCCUGAGGUAUUGGAGGACAAUGACUAUGGCCGAGCUGUGGACUGGUGGGGCCUUGGAGUGGUGAUGUACGAGAUGAUGUGUGGGAGACUGCCCUUCUACAACCAGGACCAUGAGAAACUCUUUGAGCUGAUCCUCAUGGAAGAAAUUCGGUUUCCUCGCACCUUGACCCCAGAAGCCAAGUCGCUGCUCUCAGGACUCCUAAAGAAAGAUCCCAAACAGAGGUUGGGUGGUGGUCCGGAGGAUGCGAAGGAAGUAAUGCACCACAAGUUUUUCGUUCCUGUUAACUGGCAGGAUGUCGUGGAGAAGCGGCUUGUGCCGCCUUUCAAGCCCCAGGUAUCCUCCGAGACGGACACGCGAUACUUUGACGAUGAGUUCACAGCAGAGACAAUAACAGUCACCCCCCCAGAUAAGUUCGAUAGCCUGGACCUGAUGGAGAGUGAUCAGAAGGCGCACUUUCCCCAGUUCUCCUACUCGGCGAGUGUACGAGAAUAAAGCCUGCAACAGUACCAAAAAAAAACCAGGACUUCCUCCUCCCGAUCUGGAGAAGGCAGUUCGACAUGAUCCCAAAACUCCAGCUUUUCCCAACGUCCAUCUACAGCUGCCACCUUGGGAAUCCCAGGAAUGCCAGCGUCACUGUAUGGAAACUUCCAAGCAGUACAAAGCUUGCAGUGAUUCUUCCACUGCUAUAAAAGCCAUGGUGUGGGAACGUUUGUGCAUAUAUCUGUACAGCGAGGGCAGGCCUCUCUGGAGAGGCUGUGGAUCACCUGUGGGCUGAUGAGUUGCGUAGUGUCCUCCCUUACAAGUUUCACUCUUUUUAAUGGAUUAUUUCUAUACCUUAGCGUUCCAUUGGAUACACGGAAACUCAUUGAGGUGCUAGUGGGGAUAUAAACACAUGCAAGCUGCUGCAUUCCUGUGGCAGGUUGAAGGAGCGGUGCUAAUGGUGGGGAGGGAUGGGCAGGAGGGGGGACCUGGGCAUUGCAGUUUAUUUCGAUCUGUGGAGGACAACAGUGAUAGACGAUAUCAGAACUCCCUCGAGAUUUUUGUGAUGUUAUUCCCUCUUGCAGCCUAUGGCCAAUUGUGUUUAGAGCCAAGUUUGGGUGGUGGUGGGGGGAACUGCAAUUGGUCAGCCUCCCACCCCCAGGGAUUGGCAUCUAUUCAAUUGUCCAAUGCACACUCUAAUGCAUCCCCAGGUGGUUGACAGGAAUGUUCCUGACUUCACACAGCAGCCCGCUCCCUGUGCCUUGGCUGAGCUCAGCGAAUGAACUACCCAGAGCAGCCACCCCUAGUUCAGCUCAAGGUUGUGCACUGUUGUAAGCUGGCGUGGGGUGGUGACGUGGCGCUGUAGACAGAGCAGGUGAAAUUUUGGCGCAGUUUAUUGCUGGGUGUUGGGAACUGCUCCAAUUGGGCUGCUGGUCCUGGUGCCACCACAGUGUAGGCUGGGACUUCCACCACUUCAUUGUCAUUUAACCCCUCCCACACUGCCUGACGGCUCUGCACACCCGUAGACCAGUGACUUCUGCAUCCAAGUGCUGUUCCUACAGUCCUGUGGGGACCCAACCAUGGCAGCAGCUUGUGCCAAGGGGCAUCCAGAGACUCAAAAGAACUGCACUGUAACCACAACAGUUCAUGGUCCUCAGUACCUGUUGUCUGCGGUGUGUGAUGUGAUGAGCCAACAAUACCAUCACAGGCCACUAAACCAUCCAUGUGUUUGUCACCUUAACUACAGCACAUCAGUUAGAUUUCAGUUGUGCAGCUUGCAAUCCCCUGACUGUCUCCCCCUGUAUUACUGCCCUGUGGCUAGUCCUGUACUGUCUGACCCAGGGCACCAUAAGCAGUGAAAGAUUCCUCAUUAGCUGACCUGAUCUGGAAUCUCCAAGGCCCCGUCACAAUCUUCCCUCGAGCUUUCCUGAAAGGUUGACUCAUUUGUCCUCCAAUGUAGUUCAAUAAACGUUCAUUCUCGAAACUCUUAACUCAGUGAGUGGAGUGAAUGAUACCCCAAACUUUGAAGUCAUUCAGUGUUGUGGCUUCAAAUAGCAAAAAGACUCAACUCCCUUGUUAGUAAGCUAAAUCUUGCUUAUUUAUAUCUUCAACUUGAUGUGAAUCUCCCCCCUACUGCCUGCUUAUUAGAUUCUAAGGACUGGCCUUUACACUUGUUCCCUCAGCUGGGCAAGGAGCCAGCUGUUUGAUCUCUGACCUUCACCCAGCCCUCUGUCAUUGUUUACCAAGUAAACCUCCCCCCUCCUAUUCCACCCCGACUGCAUUACAACACGUGGGUCCUGGCGAGUGUCAGUGAGUGAGAGUUCAUUCCCUUCCCACACCCUGGAAGGCGAUAGCUCGCCUACUGGAGCAGUAGGGAUGAAGAUUUUGUGGGUAGGGAACACCAUCUAAUUUCCCCCAUUGUUUUCUGAGCUGAGUAUAACUUGAAGCAUUUUAAUACAAAUGACCCCAAGCCCUUACUGUGGAACAUACAGCCUAACACCCAGUGUAACUGUGCCAGUGCUGUGCUUUACCAGGGCUUUGUUUUGGUUAGAGAAUCAUACAAGGUUACCCCACUAGGGUCGAACUCUCUUGGCAGGUCAGUGGUUGCUGUUUUACACAGACUUCCUGUGCUGCUGACAGGGGAACACCCAACUUGGAAGGUUUUUUAAGGUGAUGCCAUUUCAUAACUCUUCCAGGAUAGAAAAUAAGUUUAUAUGUAAACAAGGGAGCCACCCCUUCAGAGAACAGUGUGGGCAGACUUGUCUGUUUAUCUGUGUGUGAAGGAUCUUGCAUUCACCUUGAAGGGGAGUCCAAGGAAGGGCUGUGAUUAAUACCCAUCUGAGAAUUUUGCUCUCCAAUUGGUUCCUGGGACACCCUGUGCCAAUCAACUGUGUGGGAGACCAGGUUCCAUGCCACAGCCCUUGGAACGAGAAUUUCCAGCCCUCAGAAUUUGCAUUUAUUCCUCAAAAUGGCAGCACAAUUUGCUUUGGUGGAGAAUUUCUGCUGUUGUGAAGUUAUCUAAGCUCAUGCAUCACCAAGCAUACAGCCCCAUUAAUGUGAUGCAGAGUUGGCUGUGGGCUGUGUCCUGGAGGGUUGGAGGGGGUUGGGAUUAUGUGAUGUUAACUAGCUGCAGGAUAGUAAAUAUGUAGGGGCUACUCAAAUGUUAAUUUUGUCCUGUGUUAGGUACAGAUCAAUAUUUAUUGAAGGUACUGUAAUGACAAAAGUCAAGUCAACAGUGUUAAGGCAGAUUUCUUUUUUACUGAGCGCAAUUGGUACAUACACGAAUUCAUGACUGGGGGAACACUAGGGAAGAGAGGUCACGUCUACCAAUAAAAUUCACCUCUGUUAAUGCGUGCGCCUCAUUGGGCUUAGUUCUCAUUGAAUCCCCUGGUUUUCACAGGUGUAUAUUAUGAAUAUAUCAAAACCACCUUGAAAUUGAGCUGAUGACUUCAUAGCUCUUGAUCGCUUGGGACUCAAUCUUCCCCAUACUAGUCUGUCCCCCUCCCCCCCCCCCCCCCACCCCACC